AUGCUGCAGCGCACGUACAACGCCGCCCUCCAGGGACAGAGGUCAUCAUGGCCAGAGUCUCUCGAGCGUGACCCGUGCAUGAUCCACGAGAGGCAUCUGGUGAAGAAGCUGCUUGAGGCAGCCGCCGGGCGACGGUGCAAAAAGACGAGCGAGACGUGGUCGAGGGCCGAGAUGCAGAGGGCUGUGGACGACGGCCAGCUGAAGGAUAUGGCAUUGGAUGCAGUCGGCUUCCUGAAAGAGACGUUGACAGGCCUCUUCCACGAGCGCGAGGGCGGGCACACAAUCCCCUCCAACGCCGCCAAUCAAGGCCAUCCGGGCAGCGCAGUACAGGCAAAGCCGCCCGCAAGUCACCGCCCGCAUACACAAGCCACCACCAACCUCACCUGCCCUGGAGGACCCACCACCAGCGACGCCCUCCACGCAGAACUCCUCCGCAGGAAGCUGGGGGCGGACGGCGCGGAAGAGGAGGCGGGUGGUGGCAGAGGAUGGGAGAAUGCGACUGGAAUCAAUGAAGAAUAA